GAACCGAGGAGCUAUUUUCUUGAUCAAAUAAAGACAAGAAGCACCGAGCAGACAUCCAAAAUCACAAUGUGUUUAAAAGCAAAAAGAAAGCGCCAGCACCAGCGCCUGUGCACCAGUAGGCAGACGGCAGAGAGGCUGAAGCUCAGGCUGAUGCUAGUGAGCAAGAGGAUAACGGGGAUCUGCAGCAGGAAGAGGAAUACGGUGAUGACUACCAAGACAAUGAAGAUAAAACUGAUGCACAAGUGCAGCAAGAUUCAGAAGCAGCUGAGGACUAUGGUGGUGGUGAUGAAGCUGAAGCUGAUGCCCCUCAAGAUGAAGAUGAGGGCCGAGAUUCAGGUGGUUACAAUGAAGAAGAGAAGGCAGAAGGUAACCCCUACGAAAGUCAGACUCCUUCAGACUCGGGUCACAAUGUGCCCGACUUCACAGCAGAUGAGGAUAUUCAGAAAACUGACAUGAUGUCUGAGGAAGAGACCAAGCCCGCAAUUAAGGAGGAAGUGGAGGAGGAGGAAGAGAAUGAAGAGGAGGAAAAUGAAAAGAAUAGACAAGAAGUUAAAGUAGAGGUCAAAAAGGAAGAUGAAUCUGAGGGUGCAGGUGAAAGGCAAGAUGAUGAUCAGCACGAACUGCAGCAUGGGCAAGAUACCGCGGGCCAGCCAGAGCAAGUCAGAACUGAAGACAUGUCGAAGAGGAAGAGGUUAACACGUAAGGAGAAGAUCGAAAUUUUGUUGAUGUCUGGUGAACGCAGUAGCCGGGUCAUUGCAGCAGAUUUCAAUCAAAGACACCCUGAGAGACCACCCAUCGCCCAUUCUACAGUUAGCAGACUGCUUGCUAAGUUUCGUGAAACUGGUUCCGUAUAGGAUUUGCCAAAAUGUGGACGCAAGAAAACUGUCACUAAUGAAGAAACAUCAGUGGCUGUCCGGGCUUCAUUCAGCAAGAGCACACAGCGCAGCACUCGCCCCAUGUGACUGAAAAAUUAUAAACAAAAAUGUCUCACAAUGUAAUAUCCUAAAAUAAGAAAGCAUUGCAUGUGAUGUAACAGAGGAAAAAAAACUAAACAAAAAGGUCAAUAGACAUGUAUCGUU